UUAUUUAAAUACAUAUAUCAUUUCAAAUCAAACACAUUCAAUUGAAAAAUAAAUCCAUGGCUUACUCUAAAAUUCUCUUUUUCUCCAUCAUUGUUAGAUUCCUUACUUUUGCAACUAUCAUGGCACAAGACUCUUCAUUUUUUCUAAAUAAAUUUUGCUCCCCUGACCUUACCAAAUCCAACAGCAACUUCCAUGACAAUCUCAUCAAACUACUCUCUUCAUUAUCAUCAAAAGCCAUAAGCAACACUGAAUUCUACAACCCUAUUAUUGGUACAAAUCCCUCAGAUUCUAUCUAUGGAAUGUUCAUGUGUAGGGGUGAUGUGGAUUCUCAACUUUGUCAUGAAUGCAUAGGUAAUGCAACCCAACAUCUAUCCUCAGAGUGUUCUUUGUCCAAACAAGCUUCGAUUUGGUACAACGAGUGCACGGUUCGAUACUCUAACGAUUCAUUCUUUUCGGUCGUUGAUAUGAUGCCUGGUUUUUACAUGUGCAAUACCGUGAAUUUCUCAAACACAAAAAGCUUCACGCCUUUCUUGUUUUCGACCAUGAAUCUAAUUGCCGAUGAAGCAGCUAGUGACAAGAAGAAAUUUGCAACAAAUGAACGAGUUUUCGAAUUUCAAACACUUUAUUGUCUAGCUCAGUGCACGUCAGACUUAUCGUCGAAAGUUUGUGGAACCUGUCUGCGUAGUGCUAUCAACCAACUUCCAAUUCAUUGUGAUGGAAAACUAGGUGGGAGAUUUCUUUAUCCUAGUUGUAAUGUUAGGUAUGAACUAUAUCCUUUUUAUAGGUCUAUUAAUGUUCCUUCACCAAAUGAGCUUGCUCCUCAAACAAAAGAUUCGAUUUCGAAACAAGAUUCAAGAUUUUCAGAAGAUCCAUUUUAUCUUUCCUAUAAUUGCUCUAGUAACCACAAUACAAUCACUUCAAAAAAUUUCAACUUACUUCUCUCUUAUCUGGUGUCCAAUGCCACCGCCGGAAAACUAUAUCAUAGAGUUAUAAUGGACGAAAUUGUGUACGGACUCUUCAUGUGUCGAGGUGACCUCCCUUCUCGCCUUUGUGUUCAAUGCGUAAAAAAUGCAAAAGAUCGAAUAUUCUCCACGUGUGUUUCAUCCUCGGAGGGUAUAAUUUGGUAUAGCCAUUGCUUGCUUCGCUAUUCAAGUCAAUAUUUUUUCCCUAACAUCGCCGAAACUAGACCUAUGUACCACGAUAUAAACAUCACCAAUCAUUUCAUCUCGGACCAAAACUUGUUCACUAGUACAUUAUCGAAUCAGUUAUCUGAACUUGCGAAUGCAACGGGGAAUAGUGAUGAAAGAUAUAUGAUAAAUUCAUUAAAAUUGAAUGAUAUACAAACCUUAUAUACUCUUGAACAAUGUACACCAUAUUUGUCUCCUCAGGAAUGCAUUUCUUGUCUAAAUGAUAUGAUAAGUACACAAAUUCCAUGGUCAUUCUUGGGAAGUGUUGGUGGAAGAAUUAUAUAUCCUAACUGUAAUCUGAGAUUUGAAUUGUUCCAAUUUUACAUCGAGAGCGAUGAAGCUCGGUCGUCUAGGAAUCCUUCAAAAGAAGCAGAAAAGCGGAAAAUUGUCUUAAUCGUUGUCCCUACCAUUAUUUUGGUGAUGCUCUUUUCUAUUGGAUACUAUUUGCUAAAGAGAAGGGCAAGAAAGAGUCGUAGGACUAUUCUUCGAGAUAAUUUUGGUAAAGAAAGUGACACUUUAGAACCACUACAAUUCCAAUGGUCAGUAAUUGAAGCAGCAACCAACAACUUUUCUAAUGACAAUUAUAUUGGCAAAGGCGGAUUUGGAGAGGUUUACAAGGGUAUCCUUUUGGAUGGACGAGAAGUUGCUAUAAAGAGGCUUUCAAGAGGUUCUAAGCAAGGUGUAGAGGAGUUCAAGAAUGAAGUUUUAUUGAUAGCAAAGCUUCAACAUAGAAAUCUAGUCACAUUUAUUGGUUUUUGCCUUGAAGGACAUGAGAAUAUACUUAUUUAUGAAUUUGUGCCCAAUAAAAGUCUUGAUUACUUUUUAUUUGAUUCCCAACACCAAAAGUUGUUAACUUGGGUUGAACGCUUUAACAUCAUAGGAGGAAUUGUUCGAGGAAUUCUUUAUUUGCAUGAACAUUCUCGACUCAAAGUUAUACAUCGUGAUCUCAAACCUAGUAAUAUUCUGUUAGAUGAAAAUAUGAUUCCUAAAAUUUCUGAUUUUGGUCUAGCUCGAAUUAUGGAAAUAAGUCAAGACGAAGGAAGUACAAAUAGAAUUGUUGGAACAUAUGGUUAUAUGGCUCCGGAAUAUGCUAUGUUUGGACAAUUUUCUGAAAAGUCGGACGUUUAUAGUUUUGGAGUCAUGCUGUUGGAGAUUAUUGCUGGAAAGAAGAACAUAAGUUCAUAUGCACAACAUCAUGUUGCUGAUAACCUCUUGAAUUAUGUUUGGAGACAAUGGAAUGAUCAAACACCUUUAAGUAUAUUGGACCCAAAAAUCAAAGAAAAUUAUUCAGAAACUGAAUUCAUCAAAUGCAUUCAGAUUGGUCUAUUAUGUGUUCAACGUGACCCAGAUGCUAGACCUUCAAUGGUGACAAUUGCUUCUUAUCUUAGCAGUUAUUCAAUUGAAUUACCAUCACCACAAGAACCUGCAUUUUUCUUGCAUGAGAGAACUUUUUCAAAUGUUGCUGCACAAGAAUCAAGUUCUACUCAAUUUGUUAAUAGUUCUUCAUUGUUAUCUAUCAAUCAAAUGUCUACUACAAAUACUUUUAUUCCUCGCUAGUAAAUUAAAAUUUAUUUUAGUUGUA